GUUCCUGCAAAAAUAAACGCGGAAAAAAUGAAGAACAAGGCAUCUUCUUCUUCGCAGGUGAGUACCAGCCGGUACGAACAGGAUUUGGCUGUUGCGUCUUCUACUGGAGUUGUUUUCUCCUCUACGACUAGUAGGUCUGGUGCACAGGUUGGCGGCACGGAGGACCAUAGUACCAGCGCGCAAUCGAUUAUAUCAGCAGGUGUUUUUAACAGGAGCUCGACUUCAAUGGAGGUGCCACUGCCAUGCGUUCAAAUUCAAAAUCAGAAUCCGGCGAAGAAGAUUCCAUCGCAAGAACACAAAUCUACUUCCGAC